AUGCCUGCCUCUUCUCACUUUGGCGCUUCGCGUCGAGUCCAUUUUGACACCAGUAUCACCGAGUCUCCCUGCAAUAGACCAACGGUUACCCGCAAGCAUGUAAACGACGAGUAUUACCUUCGAAUGGUAUUUGCAGAGAAGAAAAUGUGGAUCAAAUCUAGCAUGACAUCACAGGAUGAGUCGGAGAUGUCAGAUCAAGAGGAGCGUUGUGAAGCACAACGCCAUAUCCAAUUCGAACCCGAGACGAAGACUGUUCAUCAACAUCAUCAUAUGAACGCAGAAUACUACCAACGAAUGGUAGCAAUCGAAACAAAAAUCCGACACGAUGCGAAUGUUGAGAUAGAUCUGUCGGACGAGGAAUCUCACGGUGCGCAGAAUCAUGUUAUAUUUUCUGACGCUCUUAAGACCUCUGCUUGUAAGAGCGCUGAGGUCACUCACAAAUCCAAGACGGAAGCAUACUAUCAUCGCAUGGUCGCAAUUGAAUCGAAGAUGUGGAAGGAGGCGAAUGUUGGAGAACAAGCGGGAGCAGGAAUGUUAGAAGAAGCCCCUUAUGAUUCCCAACGCCGGGUUAAAUUCCAAGACAGCGUCUCGCAAUCAUCACAUAACAGCAUCAAACCUCACAAGAAUAACGCCAAAAAUCAACUCUACGAUCGAAUGGUGAAGUUGGAAACCAAAAUCUGGAUCGAGGGCGGUGAUAAUACGCAGGGCAAUGCAGAUGAUACGAGUGAAGAUGAAAUGUCUCCCAUCGAAGCCAACCAUUUUCAAUCUCGAAAUAGAGAACCAGAAAUCUAG